AUGGACCAGACCUGGUACCGGAGAGCAGCAGUUCCCCAAGAAAACCUCCUGUGUGCUGCAGAUGAUGCACGAGUGAGUUGCCACAGACACUACAGAUCCCGUCCUACACAUGGCAUUGGGAGGUUCAAAUAUCUGCUCCCAAAGGAGGCUCCAAAGAAGAGAAGGGAUCGAGUGCAGAUGAAGGCAAUCAACGUGGGGACUGACCAUGAGUACGGGGACAUCAACAUCCAGAUGACUUCCUACGACAUGUGUCUCGUGGAGCAUUUUGCUAGACACGUGCACAGACUCUGCAACCGGCUCUCGAUUCGGGUCAAUGAGAGCUACGCGAUGCCGACCAAGACCAACGAGGUGCUGUUCUUGGAAGAGAGGGGUUCCAAAAUGCAGCUGGACGCCGUCCUUACCACCCACCAGAGGGUUGUCCAGAUCCGCGGUGUGAGUUCGACGUUUGCUCCGAUUCUCUUGGAAGUUAUUCAGAGCAACCAGCCCGAAGGGGUGGAUCUGUUAAUGAAAGAGCACACAGAAGCCGACUUCAAGAUCCGCUUAAAGACCCGACCAGAACUUGAAGAGCUGCUAGCACAAAUGAGCUGAGACCAGGCAGGAUUAU